UCUGAGCGUUUCCUGCUUGGUAACUAAGGGCGCCGGGCUGUUGCUAGGGACUCGAAGGCCGACCGCCCUGCUGCUUUGCUGCUGGCGGCGACCUCGCCGGUCCCUCCGUCAUGAGCAGCGAGUUCCUGGAGGAGCUUCACUGGGAGGAUGGGUUCGCCAUCCCGGUGGCCAACCAGGAAAACAAGACCCUGGAGGACCAGUUAUCAAAGCUACAGAAGGAGAAGGCAAACUUGCAAGAUCAGCUUCGUGAUUAUGAGGACCGAAUUAACUCUAUGAAGUCUCACCUUAAAAAUGUUAAUCAAGAAUUUUCAUUUACACAGUCUCUUUACAAAGCAAGGGAGUUUGAAAUUGAAAGUGAGGAACAUUUUAAGGCCAUUGCUGAACGAGAGCUGGGUCGGGUGAAGGGUGAGAUUCAGCGGCUGAACAAUGAGAUGGUCGCUAUCCAGGAGCAGAAGAGCGAUGAGGAGAACAGCAUAUUUAAAACUACUCAAAAAUUGGAUGACUUGAAAUGUCAGAUGAACUGGGACCAGCAGGCACUGGAGGCCUGGUUGGAAGAAUCCGCUCAUAAGGACAGCGACGCCCUCACUUUUCAGAAGUACUCAAAGCAAGAUGACAAUAAAAUCAGGGCACUGACCCUGCAGUUAGAAAGACUGACCCUGGAGUGCAACGAGAAGAGGAAAGCUCUCGACAGUGAGCUAACAGAGACAGUGAGCGCUCAGUUAGAACUGGACAAAGCCUCACAGGACUUUCGCAAGAUUCAUUACGAGAGACGAGAGCUCAUCCGACAGUGGGAAGGCACCAUCGAGCAGAUGCAGAGGCGGGAUCAGGAGAUCGACCACUGUGCCCUGUUAGCAAGGAUAAAGCAGGAAAUGAGAGAAAAAGAGAAUGUGGUUAAAGAAAAGAUCAAGUUUCUGGAAGAUGAGCUUGGGAACAAUGUAGAGUUUGAGAGAAGACUCUCUGCUGCGGAGCGCAGAGUCGUGAAGCACAGGAUGGAGUACCAGCGCCAUGAAGCCAGCAGGAGUCAGCUGAAGGAUGAGCUGGAUAUUUUAAAAGCCACUCUCAGUAGGACAUCCAGUGACUUAGAAGCACUGAGGAAGAACAUUUCCAAAGUGAAGAAGGACAUUCAUGAAGAAAGUUCAAAAUUACAAAAAAUUAAACAUCACAAUGAGAUUGUAGAAAAGCAGUUGAAGAAGGUCACAGAGAAGACCAUGUCUGUGGAGGAGAAAGCCACCAACCUAGAAGACAUGCUGAGGGAGGAGGAGAAGGGCACAAAGGAGGUGGAAGUUCAGUUGAACAUAAUGAAAGAUGUGCUGUUUAAAAAAGUUCAGGAGUUGCAGAAAGAGACAUUGAGAGAGAAAGCUCUUGUGUCAGAGAUCGAAGGAACCCAUUCCUCUCUGAAACGUCUCAACCGUCAGCUACACAAACUGGAUUUUGAAACUUUGAAGCAGCAAGAACUUAUGUACAGUCAGGAUUUUUAUAUUCAGCAAGUGGAGCGCAGAAUGUCGUGGUUAAAAGGAGAGAUUAACUCAGAGGAGAAACAAGCCCUGGAAGCAAAACUUGUUGAACUUAAGAAGACACUGGAAGAGAGGAAAUCCACAUAUUCUAUUUUGGAAGCACAGAUCAAGAAGCUUCAUAACGAUCUCUACUUCAUUAAGAAGUCCAACAGUAAGAACAGUGAAGAGAAACAGUCUCUCAUGAGCAAAAUGAACGAACUGAGCCUUUUCAUUGACAGAUCAGAGAAGGAACUUAGCAAAGCAAGAGGUGUUAAGCAGGAUUUGAUGAUUGAGGACAAUAUUUUAAAGCUUGAAGUUAAACGCAUUCGAGAAAUGCUUUACAGUAAAGCAGAAGAGGUUCUUUCCCUGGAGAAAAGAAAACAGCAGUUGUGCACAGCCAUGGAGGAGCGGACUGAGGAGAUCAAGGUGCACAGAGCAAUGCUUGCCACACAGAUGCGACACGUUGAGCAGGAGAGGCAGAACGUAAGUGCUGAACUCCACGAGCGGCUGAGCAAGAUCGAUAAGCUGAAGAACAGAUACGAGAUCCUCACUGUGGUCAUGCUGCCUCCUGAGGGAGAGGAGCGGACACAGGCCUACUACAUCAUAAAGGCUGCUCAAGAGAAAGAAGAACUUCAAAGGGAAGGUGACAGUUUGGAUGCUAAGAUCAGCAAAGCUGAAAAAGAAAUCUGUGCUCUAGAGAACACCUUGCAAGUCCUGAAGACCUGCAACAACAACUACAAACAGUCUUUCAAAAAAGUGACUCCGUCGAGUGAAGAAUAUGGGCUGAAAAUCCAACUGGAAGAACAAAAAAGGGCUGCUGAUGACAAAUUCCGAUACAAACAGAGACAAAUCAGAGAGCUUCAGGAAGACAUCCAGAGCAUGGAAAAUACUUUUGAAGUUAUAGAACAUUUAGCAAAUAAUGCCAACAAGAAAUUUUCCGAGAAACAAGCUUAUUCAUUCCAAUUACGCAGAGAGACCGAGGAGCAGAAGCCAAAAUUAGAGAGAGUGACUAAGCAGUGUGGGAGACUCAUAAAAGAAAUACGUAUAUCGAAACAUACAAGAGAGGAGACCCUAGAAGAACAAGACAUUAACCUCCGUGAGCUCAAACAGCUUCACAAGAACAUUGAUGAAAUGCUAGUUAAUGCCAUGGAAGAUCCUGAAAUCCGUGUUGUUCUUCAAAGGUAUUUUGAGCAGGACGGAUUAGAGCUACCCAGAGUCCCCACUAAGGGCGCUGGUCAGAGUUCUCCAUCUCGGCAGACUGCACUGCUGUCAGUCAGGUCUCGUCAGAGCAGUGGCACGAGCACUCCUGCUUCCCAGGCGUCGGUUAGAGUGAUAGAGCUCAGCCUCCCAGACCCCCCACCAGAAGGCAACAACUCUAGGCCGCCCAGCACUGGCAGCAACUCUAGGAUUUCUAAAGGCAAGAAGCUCAGCAAAUAAACAUUUUCAUCUCUUGAACAAACUUUGAAAACAAAACAAAAAUCCCAAUAUGGUUAAGUUUCAUUGUUUCUGGGGUUCCGUAAGAUGACACUACAGGAGGGUGCUGAAAUAGUACUGGGGACAUCGAAGGUGAGGCAGAAGUCCUGCACAGUGGGCCUAAAAGCUGUUUGGUUAAAAAAAAAAGCUUUCUUUAUUCACAGAGAAGGAAAACAGCAGACUCUAAACCAGGCAACAUGGCACGAGCCGAGGGAACUGCUGUCGUCGCUAUGUUUGAGUGCUAGAAACACUUGUUCACUGCUUCACGAAGCCACCAUACGCCUCUAAGGCAAGGGUCACAAACACAUUCCUAAGUCAGUGCACAUCACAAAAAGGAAACCCUCAUUGUACUCCAGAAGAUCACAAAAUCAGGUUUUAUUCAAAAACACAGACUUCCAAGACUUCCGGAAGAAAAUGUAAUCCGUCAAAGGAAGUUCUUUUUUGUUGUUGAACUUGUAACCAAAGAUAGAGCAUCAUUACCACCCACCCCAAGAACAUUUCUGUUGAGAUGCUGUAUGUGGGCAUAUACGGAUACACCUAUCUCUGUGUGUGCACAUACAGAAUGUACAGCUUAAAUUUCUAAGAAUCCCUCUACUCUGACCUUCAAAGAAUCCAACAUGUUAAAUUCACGCUGGAGGUAGACAGUACAUACUACAUUGGGGAUUAGUUCUUCAGCCACUGUUCUGUGUACAGAACUUUGAACUUUUAGGACUAGGGAGUUAAAUACUAUGCAGCGAUCUCAAGCACAUGCAGUAUACUCAGGUGUGUAAACGAGCACAUCCUUUAAACCCUGAAGUCUUCAUCACAGCUUCAGGUCUCAGUCUCAGCACCACCUGUGUUUUCUGAGAAGCACAGCGGUGCAGGCCGAUUUUCUGACUGGCUUUCAUUUAGAAAGGUGUCCUGAAGUUGUCAUUAAGGUGGCUAAAAAAGCUGAGUAGGUUUUGGUUGAAACACUGAACACUGACAUGUGCCGAAAACUGAGCAGUCCUAGUCACUUUGUUCCCAAUGCUGACUCCCAGCCAUGUAUCAGUCUGUAAGCUACUGGAACCAAACAUUAAGCUUUGUGUUCUCUGAGCAGUUCUUACCAGGGCACGCACUUUCUUUGCUUUUUCCUCUUCUAACAGAGACAGAUCACAGAUUUACUGAAUGUAACAGGGUAACUGCACUGUUAAGUCACUAACUUCUUAGACUAUACUACUAGGCCACAGCUUAUCUGUGGGAUGGAUGGGUUUAUCGGUCAGCACCCAUGUUUCCUCUAACCAUGUGACCAGUUCUAACUUCAUGUAAUAAUGCUAAUGGUAGGACAAAGCGCAACCUAUUUCUGUACCUGGAGCUAUCCUAACAUCCGGGAGUCACAGCUAGCCUGAGCACAUUACACGCCGUGGACACAGAUGCGGAAAUACUGCGACAGGCACCACCCAGGAUCCCUGACCACUUGAGUCCCCUCUGCUGAGGGAUGUCCUCGGUGCAGUUUGAAGUGGAUGCUCAUGUUAGUUAGUGCCCUCCACUAUCAUUACUGAUGGGAGGGGAGGCUCUGGAAGAGGGAAUUUCCAAAUCCAGGUGGCCCGAGAAAAACCAGUCAGAAGCUGCACAGGGUUCUCAAGGAUUAAGGGGUCUGCAAAGAGGUUUCCCUCAAAAAACCACCUCACUGUGUAGACUAGGUAGGAGCAGCACCGGAGCUGCUAAAACAGAGCUGGCCCUUUUGAGAGGUGUUCCUUGGUGCAAAGACUAAUUAAUGAAGUGAUAAAGCAAUUUCUACUGCGUUAUCUAUUUUGUUUUUUA